GAGUCGGAGAAGAGCGAAAAAUGGCGACCUCAAACAAUCCGCGAAAAUUUAGCGAGAAAAUCGCUUUACAUAACCAGAAGCAAGCCGAGGAAACGGCGGCGUUCGAGGAGGUGAUGAAAGACCUCAGUAUUACAAGAGCAGCACGGUUGCAGUUACAGAAGACCCAGUAUUUGCAACUAGGGCAGAAUCGUGGACAGUUCUAUGGAGGUUCACUGCCUAAUGUCAAUCAGAUUGGAAAUAGCACCAUUGAUCUGCCUUUUCAGACUCCUUUUCAGACGACCGGGCUGGACACCAGUCGGACGACCCGUCACCACGGCCUGGUCGACCGCGUCUAUCGCGACCGGAACCGCAUCACCUCCCCCCAUCGCCGGCCCCUCUCCGUGGACAAACACGGGCGCCAAAUUGACAGCUGUCCCUACGGUGCAGUGUAUCUGUCGCCCCCACCUGACACAAGCUGGAGAAGGACUAAUUCUGACUCCGCGUUACACCAGAGCACCAUGAACCCCACGCCACAGGACCCGUUCACCGGAGGUUCACAGGAACUUCAGCCCAAGCGUGUCCUCCUGCUCACAGUGCCGGGGACAGAAGAGCCAGAGUCUGAGAUGGAUAAAAACCAGAAGACGGUUUGGGAUAGCAAAAAGAACUUGUCAUCAAGGCCCAAGUCCUGUGAGGUCCCAGGAAUAAACAUAUUUCCGUCGCCAGACCAGGAGAUGAGCACGUCCCUGAUCCCGGCCACGCACAACACCGGCGGGUCCUUGCCGGACCUCACCAACAUCCAGUUCCCCCCUCCGCUGCCCACUCCGCUGGACCCCGAAGACGCGGCCUCCUUCCCCGUCCUCAGCACCUCCAACAGCACGGGCAACCUGGCCACCAACCUCACCCACCUGGGCAUCAGCGCUGCCAGCCACGGAGUCACCACGUCCCAGCCCACCAUGACCGCUCCAUCCCAGCGCAGGCAACAGAACGUGGUCCCGCUCAACCUGAACACGGACGCCCACCACCAACAGGCCCCCCAGCAACUGUCCCCGACCCUGUCUCCCCCCCUCACCAUCGCACAGGCCGUGACGAUGGACGCCCUGACGCUGGAGCAGCAGCUCUCCCAGUACCCCUUCUUCAGCCAGCUGACCUCGCAGGGCCAGGUGGGCACCGACCUGCAGCAGCAGCCUCUGCAGCAGAACAUCCGCCUCGUCCAGCUGCCCCCGCUCUCCGUCACCACCAGCGCCACCCAGUCCCAGACCAGCCCCGGGAGCCAGGGCCAGACCUCGGUCGGCAUCGACAUCAAUUCGGCCUCUUCCCUCCAACAGUACCGCAGUCAGGCUGGGUCUCCCGCCAACCAGUCUCCAACCUCUCCUGUCUCCAAUCAAGGCUUCUCCCCCGGCGGCUCGCCUCAACACAACUCCAUCCUGGGAAGCAUCUUCGGAGACUCCUUCUAUGAUCAGCAGCUGGCCUCCAGACAGACCAAUGCUCUCUCGCACCAGCUUGAGCAGUUCAACAUGAUUGAAAACCCCAUCAGCUCCAGUGGCCUAUACAGCCAGUGCUCCACCCUCAACUACACACAGGCGGCCAUGAUGGGUCUGACAGGGAGCCAUGGCAACCUGCAGGACUCCCAGCAGCUAGGCUACAGUAGCCAUGGCAACAUCCCCAAUAUCAUUCUCACAGUGACCGGCGAGUCUCCACCCAGCCUGUCCAAGGAGUUGACCAACUCUCUGGCCGGCGUCGGGGACGUUAGCUUCGACGCGGACUCCCAGUUCCCCCUGGACGAGCUGAAGAUCGACCCCCUCACCCUGGACGGGCUGCACAUGCUGAACGACCCCGACAUGGUCCUGGCAGACCCCGCCACGGAAGACACUUUCCGGAUGGAUAGGCUGUAAUGUAGAAGGUGGUGUACAAAAUGGCGGAAAAAAAAGCGACCUGGAAAGGGUUGGAAUGAGAGGAGGGUUGGGGAGUCAUUGCCCCGCUGCACAGUUACCCAGAUACCCACCCUCCCCUUGACCUCCAUCCUUCACCCCCCGUGUCCUCUGAUUGGGUCAGGAUGUGCCACAGCUU